AUGCAACCCCCUCGGGUCGUCCUCUUCCUUCUCCUCUUCCUCCCUGGGACGUGGGCAGACCCAGAAGACUCUCGUAAACUCCACCUUUUCCAAACCUUCAUCUUCCACAAUACCGACGUUGUGGACAUUUCAGCCUGGGCCACCCUGGAAGACAUCCUCUUUGCUACCCUGCAGAAAUACACCUGGAACAUCCUCGACCUUCACUCGUGGGUCUACCCAGCCCUGCCCGCAGCAGAGUGGGAGAACCUGCAAAAUCUGUUCAGAAUCUACGUGCACAACUUCGUCCUGUCUCUGUCCAGUGAUUCCAGCCUCUACCAGAUACCCUACCCUUCUGUGUUCCAGUGCAUCACUGGCUGCGACUUGUAUCGCAAUGGCUCCUACACCAGAUUUUACCAUCUCGCCUACAAUGCCCACGAGUUCCUCAGCUUCAACGUGGACAAUGGCUUCUGGGAGAGGCAGCAAGAGAGUAAGCUGGCAAAGCAAGUGGAAAGGCAGUUCAACGACUUUACUGGCUUCUCCGCGACCCUGCAGCACCUUCUCAAUGUCACCUGUGUUGAACACAUGAAGAAAUUCAUCAAGUAUGGUAGGGCAGCUCUGGAGAGACAAGAGCAGCCCAAGGCCACGGUCUUCGCCCGCACAUCCAGCCCAGCCCAGCUGCUGCUAGUUUGCC